CCGCCAUAAGCCCCGCCUCCGUUUCACUCUGUACUGCCCACAUCUGCCUUUUCGUCGGCUCCCAGGGGCGUGCGCAGAGAGAAUGCAGCGGGAGAGGGCGUGGAAGUGAGAGGCAGGAUAGCCCGUCUGCUGAGCGACUGUGUUGCUUGUGCCAUGGGGAUUGUGCGCAUUGGACUUAUCGCUCGCUUUACCGGCUGGAGGAAGUGCGGGGGACCUUUGGGUUGGCAGCAGUGACAGACAGUUGUGCCGCAGGAUAGUUGGCGGAGGGAGGGCACUGACAAGCCACAUUGUGCCCUUACCAUGUACAGGCUGGCGUGGCUGCUGCUGCUUCCUUGGAUUCCUUGGGCAUAUGCCGAGGACAGCGCGAUGGAGGAGAUUGCCACAGAGAAAGAGGCAGAGGAGAGCCACCGGCAGGACAGCGUUAGUCUCCUCACCUUCAUCCUGUUACUCACCCUCACUAUCCUCACCAUCUGGCUCUUCAAGCACCGGCGGGCACGAUUCCUACAUGAGACAGGCCUGGCCAUGAUCUAUGGUCUGAUUGUUGGGGUGAUAUUAAGAUACGCAACACCUUCUACCAGUGGCUACGACAAAGCCAUCAGUUGCUCUCAAGAACAAAGAGCCUUUACCACACUACUUGUCAAUAUCAGCGGCAAGUUCUUUGAAUACACAUUGAAAGGUGAAAUUAUCCCUGAGAAGAUACAUAAUGUGGAGCAGAAUGAUAUGUUAAGAAAAGUAACCUUUGACCCUGAAGUCUUCUUCAAUAUUUUAUUGCCUCCUAUUAUAUUCCAUGCUGGAUAUAGCUUAAAAAAGAGGCACUUUUUCCGAAACAUUGGAUCCAUUCUUGCUUAUGCAUUCUUUGGUACUGCAGUCUCCUGCUUCAUUAUAGGGAAUCUUAUGUAUGGGGUAGUAAAAUUAAUGAAGCUUGUGGGACAAUUGAAUGACAAGUUUUACUACACUGACUGUCUGUUUUUUGGCGCCAUAAUCUCUGCUACAGAUCCAGUAACUGUCCUUGCCAUAUUUAAUGAUCUGAGGGCAGAUGUAGAUCUCUAUGCUCUUCUGUUUGGUGAAAGUGUCCUUAAUGAUGCUGUAGCCAUCGUACUGUCUUCGUCAAUAGUUGCUUACCAGCCCACUGAGGAAAACAUGCACACGUUUGAUGCUUCUGCGUUUUUCAAGUCUGUUGGAGUAUUUGUUGGGAUAUUUAGUGGCUCUUUUGCUAUGGGAGUUUGCACUGGUGUUUCAACAGCUCUCGUGACCAAAUUUACAAAACUCCAUUGCUUCCCCUUACUGGAGACGGCUCUCUUCUUCCUGCUCUCUUGGAGUACCUUCCUCUUGGCAGAGGCUUGUGGCUUUACAGGUGUCGUGGCUGUUCUUUUCUGUGGCAUCACACAAGCUCAUUACUCUUAUAAUAAUUUAUCUUCAGAGUCAAGAAACAGAACCAAACAGCUGUUUGAAGUCCUGCACUUUCUGGCCGAGAACUUUAUCUUUUCAUACAUGGGCUUGGCACUUUUCACCUUCCAGAAGCAUGUGUUUAGCCCGAUUUUUAUUGUUGGGGCUUUUAUUGCUAUUUUUGUUGGGAGAGCUGCACAUGUUUAUCCUCUCUCGUUUUUACUGAAUUUGGGAAGAAGGCACAAAAUUGGGUGGAACUUUCAGCACAUGUUGAUGUUCUCAGGUCUUCGAGGUGCUAUGGCAUUUGCUCUGUCCAUCCGAGAUACAGCUACAUACUCUCAUCAAAUGAUGUUUUCCACGACCCUUCUCAUUGUCUUCUUCACAGUGUGGUUUAUUGGUGGGGGCACCACCCCAAUGUUGUCCUGGCUGAAUAUCAGAGUUGGAGUUGACCCAGAUCAAGAUCCAGCACCAACAAAUGACAGUUUUCAAGUACUUCAUACAGAUGGCCCUGGCUUAAAUGGCGGCAGUCGUACAAAGCAGGAGAGUGCCUGGGUGUUUAGGUUGUGGUAUAGCUUUGAUCAUAAUUAUCUGAAACCAAUGCUGACCCACAGUGGUCCUCCAUUAUCGACAACUCUUCCCAGCUGGUGCGGGCUCAUUGCCAGGUGUUUCACGAGCCCACAGGUCUAUGAUAAUGUCGAGCAGUUGAGAGAGGACGAUGCAGAAUUUAUUCUAAAUGAUGGCGACCUUACAUUAACUUAUGGAGACACCACCAUAACAGCUAAUGGCUCCUCUGGUUCUCACACAGCAACCACAAGCCUUGACGGCAAAAGAGAAAAAAUGAGCUCCGACGAAGCUCUGGAACAUGAACUAACUGGGGGAGACUAUGAGAUCACCAACCGAGGCACUCGGCUAGUGUUUCCACUUGAAGAAAAUGCAUGACCUGUGAAAGCAGCGAUCAUUAGGAAAGCCAGCGCAAGCCAGAAUAUGGUGCCAGGGAAUCUCCGGCCCCGUGCAGUGAAGAGCUGGGUGCAGUUCAAACAUUAAAACAUAAUCCUUGUGGUACUGAGAGUGAUGCAUUAUCAGGCAGCAAUCACUUCUCUUUUUUGAUGAGGCAAUUGCAAGUUUUAUGGUUUAGAUGUGAUAUUAAUUUACGCAGAUUUGCAGAAUCCUUCCUUUUUCCUGUUCCUCUGACCCCUAAAAGAAGAACCUGAAACAGAAACUACUGGUUUAUAAUUCUGGAACUGUCUAGUGAACACCCUGUGUGUGAGGUCAGUCUGACUGCUUUGCUAUUCCCACAUAUGCAGCCUUUUUACUUUGGAGCAAGGAUCAUUCUCUGUUUGAAAGUGCCUGUCAUUCUAUACCAAAAGGCAAUCCUUAAUGUUUGGGAGAAGUGUUAAAUGCAUUUUUUACCUUACAUGUUACAAGUACAUGUUAAUACUAAUGCAUGAAAUCAAUAUUUUAUCCAAAAAAAACUUUCCAUUUUGUCAAGAUAAGGAAAAUUAUGGUUUUGCCAUGAGCGUGGCCAUAACAAGUGCAAGUUACUAGCUGGCAUUUCACCUUUGUCUGGAAACAUGUCCAUUUGAAUUCCACUUUAGAGCACGUCCAACAUUUACUGAUCUAUAAAAAAGGAACAGUUCUGUUUCUGAAUAUAUUCAACUUCUAAUUUGCAUUGCAAUUUUUUAAAUGGGAAAUAUCACCUCUUACAGAACUGUCAAUUUCUUUACAAAUUCAGAUGUUCUACAGCUCUUCUAGCUGAUUAAAGCAAAUAGUCUGCCAUUUCCAGGGCCAGAUUCACAUUGCGGGCACCCCUAGUCCCGCUGAAGUUUGUCGCCCCGCCCCCUCCCUUUUAUUAGUGCAAAUUGUCAUAAUCAGGAAUGGAGCAAUGGGGAUUGGUGCAUCCGAAAUUGAAAAAACGGUUUUAUCUUCUGCACAUCCCCAGUGUUUCUGAACCAAUGUGGUUGCGGUUGGGCAGUCCGUCCCCUAAAAUCCUGCUGCCCUAGGCCCGGGCCUUAGUGGCCUUUCCACAAAUCCAGGCCUGGCCAUUUCUGGUAUAUGUUUCAUUCAACUAGAGAGUAGUGGCAUAAGAACUAUGCUAAUUUAGAACAUUGAACUAUAGAACAUUGAUUGAGACCCAUUUCUAUGAAGCAUGCUUCAGAAAAGUCCAACUUGUAUUUAGCUGGAAGACCUCUCCAUACAAAAUAUCAGACUGUUCCUUUAAUAUUUACAGUUGCUUCUUGCUGGCAACAAGUAUCUUCUAACAGAGAACAAGUAUGUUCUUUUAUGCAGUUCUUCUGUCUGAGAGCAAGAUGGGGGAACAGUUGUUGUUAAAAUUAAAAUGUCUCUGUAAACGAGCAGCUUUUGCAUUUGAACAAAUAAUGUAUAGGAAACAAUAGCACAAUUACUAGAACCUAUUUGUGCAACAGUUCUCUUAAACACAAUGUCCUCUUGAGCAUUUAUAUAAUAGUUCCUUUUAGCUCUCUGGAGAAUGUCCAUGACUCAGGACCCCCUGGGGCUUAUAUCAAUAUGCAAGGCUUUCAGCACCUACUCACAAGACCCAAUAUAUUUUUUUCAGUGUUUCUGCUUAAAGUUGUAGAAUGGGUUUCUCAGUUUAACUUUCCACAUAUGAAUUCUUCUGGAAAUAAUUCAGUAGAGCUGGUAAUCCCUUUGUGCCCAGUGACAAGUGCAUUUUGGGUUAAUUUAUUUACAUUAAGUUUUCUGUCAUGAUUGUCAGGACAUUGUGAUUGGUUCAUGUGAUAGUCCCGUACAUGCUUUCCAGGACAGCAGUAUUGUGCAUGAAUGUUGAUUUAUGCAGCAGUCCCAAAAUGCUAUGUUCUCUAUAUAAUUUGGAUAAUGACUAUUUCAAGAAACACAUUCCUUCAAAAUGGUUAAAGCAAUGUUUGCUAUUUAAAUAUGACAACUAAAAUGUUUUGUGUCUAAAAUGACAUGUUGUCUUAUCUCUACAGAUGUAUCAUAUCUCAUGUGAAAAAGAAAGCACCCUUUUUUUUUUUGGUUUUACAUAUUGUGAUAUAACUAUCUUGUACGAGUUCUGAAAUUAGAUAAAUCAAAUGUCAUAUGACAACACACAA